GUGUUAUAUCCCCUGGUGAAUUAUGAAUGAUAACUCUAAGGACUAUUUAUCGACCAAUGUAUUAUGACUAUUUCUUAUUGUACAGUUGUUACGUAACUAAAUUAUUCAUAUUCGUGUUUUCUAUUAUUUUGAUCUUUGAUUUAUGAUCAUACGAUUCUUGAGUUAUAAUCAGUUUAUUGAUUACUUUGGUUUGUAUAAAAACCCAGUAUGCUUGUAAAUAAUGAUUCAUAUUUCCGAGGCAGAUAGCAGGGCCGAUACGCAAUCAAGACUGCUCGUACAAUUUCAAUCAUCAUUUGCGUCCGAUCAAUAAAUUCACUCCUCUCUAAAUUGGCGUUCAUAUAAAUUACGGGCCCAUACGAUAUAACAACUGACGACAGGGUAAAAAAAUGGCUUUAACUUCCGAUCAAUUUCAGUUGCUAAUUCAAAGACAAGAGCAGCGUUUUAAAAAGAGUCAGUUGGAUUUCAUUGACAAGUUACACGCGACGCUGCUGAAUCACCCAUGCUUUGGGGGUGCAACGGAAGUUGACGCAUUGAUUUCUAAAUUGCGUACAGAACUGGAAGUCGAUUACAGAACAAAUGAAUAUGCAGAGGAAAGCCUCUAUGAAUCCGCGAAAAACAGUAAUUUAGAUGCAGCAGUAACAGUCCUACAUGAUCAGCCCAGUAGUCCGGUGCUGCCUGUUUCAGAGACAUGCCCUAUACACGGUCCAAGUCCUAUUAACCCCGAAAACGGACGUGCAAACAGUGGAUCAACCUGUUUACAGACAGACAAUGUUUUGCUAAAUGCUCAUGAAAUUACUGUAGUACCCGCCCAUGAAGAAACGGGAGACAAAUCGAGCAGUAUAUUGAAUACAGUGGCGCCAAAUGAAACUAAUCAUGAUACGAAAAAUGUUUCUAAUGAAUCUAAUGAUCAAAAUUCUGUAAUUGUUCUGCCAGAUCCCGAUUAUUUUGCUAAUUCAUAUGUUCCUGUUCAAAUCUCUUAUAAAAAUGGGGGAAAAAUAUCGGAUGCAUUAUAUGAUAAUCAAGAAUCCAAUACAACUUUCGUAGAUGCUGAUUAUCCUAAUGAUUCAUUAUCUACUAAUGAGGUUCCGAGUAAAUUCAAGGAAACUGUUUCAGAAGAAUCAGACGCUGGUGACCUCAAAUCGAAUGUCGUCGAUCCUCACGAUCUAAUCAGUUCUGGCGGAUUCUCUGUUAAAUACGACGAAUAUGUUUUAAAUAAUGUCACAAUAAUGGUAACUUGGGUACAUGAGGAUCCAACAGUCUUUCGUGGGGGAGGAUGAAUUCGAGAAAUUAAAAAUCCGGAUGUCAACUCCGGAUUUCUCAAAAAGGGGAGGUGUUAUAUCCCCUGGUGAAUUAUGAAUGAUAACUCUAAGGACUAUUUAUCGACCAAUGUAUUAUGACUAUUUCUUAUUGUACAGUUGUUACGUAACUAAAUUAUUCAUAUUCGUGUUUUCUAUUAUUUUGAUCUUUGAUUUAUGAU